AUGUCAGAAGCUUCAAAGCCAAAGCUUAACGUCAUGACAGCUCACGAGAUUUCCCAUGAGAUACUUAUCAGAAUCGCUUUGUUAUUCACUCAACAACAGCAACAAGAACAGUUUUGUAUUGCAUUCGCAACUAAAAUUGCUAUUUUUAACUGUAAUUUUCUUAUCUGUAUAAUUACUUUUCCUUUCCUCCAUUUCUGA